AAAAAACGUAAACAGUGUUGUUGGCUGAUCAAGUGCGUUUUUUUUUGUGAUAUUGAUGGUGACAUUUUGCAGCACUGCUUGCAGAUAUAACGCAGAAACGAUAUGGGCCUGCCGCAGGUGUUUGCGACUGUGCGUUGCGUUGUGGUGUAUGAUUCGCCAAUUUUCCUCUAUCCGGGAACGUGGGCUUACGAGGAACCGUUCAAGAAGAUCCCCCGAAAGCUGUACGGCGACGAGGCGAGCUCUACCAACACAACACGCUAGAAGCCCAGCCGGCACCGGGUGCCCCGAUUGCGCCGCCGGACGGUGUCGAGCGCGCUCGUUCACAACUUUCGGGGCAGGAAUUCAACCCUUCGGAUCAUUAUCCUCUGCCUCACAAUACCUGCAGCAGCAACAGGACCGAACAGACCGCACUACUGAUUGUGGUCAAAUUUCCUGGCAGGAGAAAAAAUCCCACAAGUGUAUCGAACAGGCUGCUGAUGAAUCUCGAAAAGGCGACAAACAUUCAUCCCCAGCGGCCUAAGAUGUUCUUAGUGUUCAGUGGUGUGCGCGACCGUCAAAGUGUUAACAUUAAAAAUUUUAAAUAACAAGAUAACACUAUUAUGGUGAUGUCGUGUAGAUGUGCGCAAGUGGGUUAAGAUAACACUUAAGUACGCUUUAAGGCAUAAAAAAAAGCGAAAUGCGCGUGUGUGUGAAGGGGCGGGAUAACCGCUAACCAAACUAAGCGGCCGCGUGGGGCCCCGUGGUCUUAAGGGGCUUCAAAAAAUGGAACCCACCCCCCGCUCGUAAGUAAAAUUGCUACCCAAUCCUUCUCUAGUUUAAAACAUUGCCCUGCUAGACGCUUCAACCAAACCUACAUUUGUGUGACU